CCGAACCGCGAAAAAGUGAAAAUGUUUGUUAAGAACGGCAAACUUUGCUGAGAAAACCGGCUUUAAAUUGUAGUAAUAUUCCUAGUUUCCUUAGGUCACUAUUGGUCAAUUUAAAAUGAAGUCGGAAACUGUCCGGUACUAGCGUUUGAUAGGCUUCUCCGAGCAAUCUUCACCCGGCAAAGUGCGGCAGGCGCGGAUCGCGUGGUCUCGAUCGAUUUAGUGAGGUCACGGAGAAGGCGGCCAACUGUGGCAAGGCAACGAUGAACGCCAAUAUCCUUAUGAUAGUGGGUACUACGGUGUUACCCUCUGUCGUGAUAGCUGUCGUGAUCGUUUUUACGCUGGCCAACUUGUACCUCAACAUACGGCGCCGGUUUCCGGUGAAGGUCAACUGUUGGUUUUGCAAUGCGAAUACGAGCGUACCGUAUGAUCAGGCAAACUGUUUCGUUUGCCCGUCGUGCGCCCAAUACAACGGGUUCACCGCCGACGGAGAUUACAACCGGGAAAUACCGGAACAGUACCAGCAGAGGUACAACGGCCGGUACUGCUACACACAGCCGCGAAACAUAACGGACGAUGACAAGUGGGGCACUACCAGGAGUGUCGCAUCGACCGGUCAUAAUGGGCUGUGCUUCGGUUGCAAUCGGAACCAGGAACUAAAGAUUCAUCAGCUGGCAUCGUUCGUCCCGGAGGACGAAAACAACUAUGACGUCGAGGUGGAAGAGUACCGGAAACAACUGGAACAAGCGUACAAAUUAUGCGGCCGUUGCGAGCGCAUCCUGAAGCGUACGCUGAAUGACGUCAAGCGCAACAUUCUCGGUUCGAAGUUGGCCCAAAUCGGCAGCAAAGGACUGAGUGUGCUCGAUAUGCAUAUGCGUGCUUCGUCGAAGCAAAUCGCUCGCCUAAACCGUCAGCGAUGGGCCCGGCUUUGCGUGUACGCCAUCACGUUACUGGUCGCGAUGAAACUACCGCAGGAAUUCAGCGAUGCUGGUUGGACGAUUGCCGAUCUGGUAGCACUGUGUCCUGCGCCAUUGAUGAACUCGGGAACGAAACUGCUCUCCUACCUGCUAGCCCUGUACCAGCUGAUAAGUGACCAUGCCGGACGUCUUCUGGACGAACCGGCAAUCCAGCAUACCUCGGAACGUAUAGAGACGCUUGGUGUGGAACUCUUACAAAUGUACGGUGCACCUCUAGUCUGCACUCCAAAGCAAUUUUUCGACUCAUUCACCGAGCAAGUCACGAGCGAGCAGGACGCAUCGGUACUGCUGAAUGUGGCCAUCAUUGCUCUGGCUUCAAUGCUCGCUUCGUUCGGUUCUCGCCGGACGGCACUGAAACAGAUUGUGAUUAUUGCACUGGCGCUAGUCGAUUGCUUUUUGCGAUAUCAGCAUCAACGGAUAGAUCUCGGUCUUUACUUCAGCCUAGUCGCGCUCGCCCUCUCGGUGAGCUGCAUCGGACAGCGGUCCAUACGGAGCGAUGUAGCCGAUGGUAACCUAAACUCAAGCUUUCACAAGAUAUACUCGCAGCAGUGCAGUGAAGCCGAUUACUCCGACGCUGACACGACGGCCGGUAACCAAUCGUUCAAGCACGGUCCUACCACCGAUGCGGCCGCUUGCCAAAUUUCUCCUCCAACGCCACACGCUGCAGCAAAUGCCAGCCGCAAAUCACUGGAUACAACCAAGUCCUGUAGUCCGUCGUCGACAUUUUCCAUGUCAACCACGAAUCCAUUCUACAUGUCCGGUAACGGCCAUUCGCCUACUGCCGUUGGCAUGGAAACAAGUAAAAUCUGUGGCUCAUUGUUCAAUAUGCCGGAAGCGGUGAACGAAGCGGCAUCAUCGUCGGCAUCCGUCUUCAAUCGUUCGACCAAUGCUGGCUCGAGUUCGCUGCUAAAAACGCCCUCAUUUUCGGUGGCCGAUUUCUCCAAAGUAACGCCACAGAUCAACAGUAGAAUGGCGGCUGAACGACACCAAGGUCUGAAAGGUGGUGGUGGAUUCCAUCACUCGAUGAGUAUCAUCAAUCGACAGGCGAUGCAGUCGCUGCGAGAGGAUCCGCUGAUUGAGGAUGAUAUUGACCGUUUGUCGAUCAGUGGUCGUGCCUCACUCAAUGCGUCCCGUUCCAGCCGAUUGUCACUUGGAGGUAGCAAUCCCUUCGCCCAGAUUGACCACGAUGCCGCAUCAUCGGUGGCACUGCGUCGCAGGCGUAUUGUGUCACCGUUAGAAAUGUUCCCUGUAGCCGAAGAAUCCCCGUGGUCACAGGUGACAGUAACGGGUGAAGUAGGUGCGUCGGUGCUCGGCCAACCGCACAUGUCACGUACCUCGUCGCAAAGUUCUGGCUUCGAGUCGCAGAGUGCAACCCGCCGGAAUACACCGACGGAACCGGACGCCCUAUCCGUGUACACCGGUGCCGACAGUACUUUACGCCAGGAGCAACCGCCAUCUCCCGUACCAUCUUCCGCAUCUGUCUUGUACCGGAAUCCAGCAAACAGUAUGCCAUGGUCUAGCAACCAGCGCCAACAGCAGCACCAUCAUUCGCUGUUCAAUCAGCAAAGUCUCUUCAAGCAUGCGGCUCAUCAGCCACAGUUCAGUGGAUCAACGGGAGGCGGGCUUUUCUUCCCGCGUCCCACCGCUUACCAUGCGGCGACCAACAGUUUCGGUGGAGGCUCUAUGGCAGGAUCUAGCGCCAGCUCAUCGGCUGCCUCCACGGCGUAUCGGAAUUUCGGUCACAUUUUCCCUCCCCAGCAAUCACAGACACCUUCCUACCAUUAUCACCACCACCAACAACAGCAGCCAUCAACACUUGCCACAAGCACCAGCAAUAUCAACAACUCACUGCUGCUUAAUUCUUCCUUCCUCGCGGCUUCUGUACCGACGACUACGGGCAGAUCUCUGCUGUUUAACACAACUGCCACAGCUGGUUUUUCAGGAACAGUAGCAGGCACUGUCACGUCGCAACCACCACAGCCUUCUCUUGCUGGAGCUAGCUUUUCAGGCUCCGCUCCAAAGGCCACUACUGCCAGGUUGCGCGCGAGCCUGCUUGAUCUUGCUAAACUAAACAACGAACUGAAUGAUGGGAAAGUUAUGCCCACUGCUUAGGUGGUUUCCCUAGGCCUCAAUAGUUAGAUCAAUGAGAACGAAAAGAUGCAACGGACAACGGUGGUGUAAGCAGCCCUACGCGCGCGGAACACUGUUAUACUGUCGCUUCCUUUUCUUCUCCAUGAAUAUGUGUGAUUUAAUAAAUUUUUUCU